CUCUGCUCACGCUGCAGAGACGACACGCAAUGGAACAGAGCUCAUCCUCAUCGGUGUGAGACUGGCGGGGGGGGACUUGUGAUUAUAAACUGUCGAUGCCGCUGCAGCUCAUGAAAUGCUCUGUGGACUCUUGUUAGCGAUCUGAACUCUGUGAAGGUUUGUGUUUCUCUGAGCCCCGGACGUUAAAGAAGGAAAACUAACUGGAGCUGCGGGAUUCGAUUUGUGCGCCAAGAUGCUCGGGAUAACACAGCGUUUCACUUUGACAGCUGUGGCAUUUGUUGUGCUGGUUGUGCGCACAUGGUCCUUCAACGUGGACCAGAAGAACGGCCUGUCAUUCAGCGGUCCACUGGAGGACAUGUUUGGCUACACCGUGCAGCAGUUCGAGAACAGCGAGGGAAAAUGGGUUCUGAUUGGUUCACCGCUAUCUGGCCAACCAGCGAAACGAACCGGAGAUGUCUACAAAUGUCCUGUGGGGAGGGGGGACAACACGUGUGUCAAACUGGAGCUGCCUAGAAACACAACAGUUCCCAACUUACACGAAGUGAAGGAGAACAUGACCAUGGGAACCACACUUGUGACCAAUCCCAGUGGAGGAUUUCUGGCGUGUGGUCCUCAGUAUGGCUACAUGUGCGGGCAGCAGCAGUACAUCUCAGGAGUUUGUGCCAACGUCAGCUCUUCCUUCCAGAUCCUCAACUCCGUGGCGCCGGGUGUCCAAGAGUGUGCAAAGGAGCUGGAUAUCGUGAUGGUUCUGGACGGAUCGAACAGUAUCUACCCCUGGGAGAGCAUCAUCAAGUUUUUGGAUGGCUUCAUCAAGAAUAUUGUGAUUGGGCCUAAACUCUCUCAGGUGGGUAUAGUGUCCUACGGUGAGACCGUGACUCACAACGUCAAUCUGAGUCAGUUUACCAACACACCUGAUCUGCUGGCGUUUGUCAAAGAUCUUCCUCAGCAGACCGGCUUCAAGACCAUGACCUUCCUGGGCAUUGAUACGGCCAGGAAAGAGGCCUUCAUGCCAGAGCGAGGCGCACGGCCUGGCGUGAAGAAAGUCAUGGUGAUUGUCACCGAUGGAGAGUCACAUGACUUCCAUAACCUUCAGACGGUCAUCAAAGACUGCGACGACGAUGGCAUUGAGCGCUUUGGCAUCGCUGUUUUGGGAGACUAUAAUCGGCAGAACAAGAGUGCAGAGCAGAUGCAGAAGUUCAUCAACGAGAUCGAGUCCAUCUCCAGUCAGCCACUGAAAGACCACUUCUUCAACGUGUCUGAUGAGUGGGCUCUGUUGACCAUCGUCGACGCUCUGGGCAGCAAGAUCUUUGCCUUGGAAGCCACAAAGGGAAACUUUACUACCUCGUUUGAGAUGGAGAUGUCCCAAACUGGGUUCAGUGCACAUACAUCCAAAGACAGUGUGUUACUGGGAGCAGUGGGUGCGUACGAUUGGAACGGGAAUGUGGUGAUGAUAAAUGCAGGAGAAUCCAUCAAUCCAGGGAAGAACCAGUUUUACGACUCCAAGACUGAGGCUGGAUACGAACGGCUGGCUGGAUACCUUGGUUAUGAUGUUCAGAUUGCAUCCACCCCAGGCGGAGUGCUGUACGUCGCUGGUGCACCACGGUACAACCACACGGGCCGAGUUGUUAUCUAUCGUCUGAGUGAGACCAACGACAUUGUGGUCACGCAGAUUUUAAAGGGAGAGCAAAUUGGCUCCUACUUCGGCAGCGUCCUGCAGACUGUCGACGUGGACGGUGACUCCUACACAGAUCUCCUCUUGGUCGGCGCUCCAAUGUUCAUGGGCUCAGAGCGGGACGAGCAGGGACAAGUCUAUGUUUAUAAAGUUGAGGGCGACAACUUUAAGCAUGAGUUCACGUUAAAGCCGGUCAACCAGUCCUGCUGCACUGCCCAGUCAGCCAGCUGCACUCAUAAAAAUGAACCAUGUGGCGCCCGGUUUGGUACGGCCAUUGCAGCAGUGUCAGACCUCAACCUGGACGGAUAUAACGACGUGGCCGUCGGGGCACCAUUUGAGAACGACCACAGAGGAGCCGUCUACAUCUAUCACGGAGAUAAGACGUCCCUGAAGGAAAAGUUUGUGCAGCGGAUCCCUGCAGGUGGGGACGGUGAAAAGGUGAAAUUCUUCGGUCAGUCCAUACAUGGAGUCAUGGAUCUAAACGGAGACGGAAUCACCGAUGUUACCAUCGGAGGCCUGGGCGGGGCUUCUCUGUUCUGGUCCAGAGAUGUCGCGGAGCUCCGUGCCAACAUGACGUUUGAUCCCGUUAAAAUAAACCUGCAGAAGUCUCAGUACCACUGUGAACAUGGUGGACGCAAAUCUGUGUGCGUCAAAGCCGAGGUCUGCUUCGUCUACAGCGUCAAAUCGGACAACAAGCACUUGAGCUCCGCUGCGGAGAUCCGUUACAUUCUCACUCUGGAUGCCCUGCGUGCCAAAGCCAGGGCGGCAUUCAUCGACGUGGACGAUAAAAAUGAUCGCAGGAUUACCAGAAGCUUGGCCAUCAACGACCGAGAAAGAACGUGCAUCCAGGAGACCUUCAUGAUGUCGGCUCACCUGGAUUUCCGCGACCCGCUCAUGGUGUCUCUAGAGUUUGGACUUGCCAAUGAAGACGAAGGCCCCGUCCUGGAUGAAAGCCUUCCAAGAUCCAUUAAUAAGACAAUUCCCUUAGUGGACUGUGGGAGUGAUCAGAGGUGUAUCGCCGACCUCUCCCUCAAAGCAGAGCCCAGUGUAAAAAGCAUGGUGAUCAGAGCAAACAUUGACAAGUUCGAUGUCAACGUCAACAUCGGAAACAGCAAAGACAACGCGUACAACACUAAGAUCAUCCUCAGCUUCACAUCGAACAUCAACUACGUUAAAGUCGAGCCGGAGAGAGAAUGCACUCUGAAUCACACUAAAGUGGAGUGUGCUGUCGGAUACCCGUUCCUGGGCAGCAAUGUCGAGGAAAUGUUCAAAGUGAAAUUUGAAGUGAAUCCCGCACAUGUUCAGGAACUCAUUCAGAUCAACGUCACGGCCACAAGUGACAGCGAGGAGCUGCCUUCUACGCUGAGUGACAACUCAGUACAAAUCUUCAUCCCUGUCAAGUAUGAAGCUGGGUUCAUAUUCUCAGUACGGCCUGUUGACGAACACAUUGUGGUAAAAGAGGGCGAACAGUAUUCCAGAGUGUUCAAUGACACCAAGAUGAUCGGAGAGGAGGUCAACAUCAGCUACACGGUGGAGAGGGCAGGUGAUGUCGUGGCUCCACCCCUUGACCUUACAGUGACAUACCCUCACCUGUCUCCCCGACAAAACAACUUACUCUACCUCACACAUGUCGCCACCAGCCCAGAGGUGAAAUGUGAUGCAGCGCGCUGGAUUAACCCUGAAAACAUUAACCCAAACAUUGUAAAGCCUGAUCCAAAGAAAGAAUCGCUCAGUGUCUUCCUGUUGACCUGUUCUGAGGAGCUUUACUGUGCGUCGUUUACCUGCUCCAUCCCCGAGGUAAAGGUCAGUCAGGUCAACGUCACGUUCAGAGUGUGGAAACCUACGUUUAUUAAGGGUGAGUUUUCCAGUCUGCAUAUGUUGGUGAAUGGUACUCUGGAGAUCAAAGACACAAACCUGUUUCAACUGAACACCAAUGACAAGACCAGAACUGUAAAGAUCCAGGUAUCGAAGGAGACUUUAGGAGGGAUUCCUAUAUGGGUCAUCAUUCUCAGCAUCCUGAUAGGACUUCUGAUCUUAGCGCUCGUCAUCUUCGCUCUUUGGAAGAUGGGCUUCUUCAAGAGAAAAUCCAGGGACGACUACACAAAGGACGAAGUAAUGGACUGAGGUAUCCAGACAUCUGUGUGAGCAACUGCUCCCAGAGCCAUCAGCUUGCACGACAAAGUGAGAGAAGAGGCGUAAAAAAAAACCCACAGUAUCCUCAGUAAUGCAACACAGUGACAGCCUGGGAAACACAAGCAGCAUCCGCUGUGUCCCGUCCUUCAUAUGGUUUAAUAAUGUUUGCAAAUACUUCCAAACUCAAGCACUCGGUUACAACUUUGGGGCAUUUCGGAUGGUCAAAGAAAAUCCUCAAACAGACACUUUUAAUAAAAAGUGUCACAUCUUUGACACUCAUUGUAUAUUUAAAAGGAAGGAAAAAAAAAAGUCUCCAUGCAAUACAGUUGCUCAGAGGUAUUUGCAAACAUUCUUCUUGGUCAGCUUCUUGCUUCAAACCUCCAUGCAGAAGGAAGACAUCACUUACCGGGGGCACAAUUUGGCAACAUGGCAAAUAUCAAGACUGCAGCUUUACAAAAGACUCAGAGCUAAAACAGCUGUGCUCCAGCUUUAGAGGGGGAAAAAAAACUACUCAGGUUUUUCAGUGUGAAGAUCCAAAGUUGCCUAAAGUCACCUCACCUCAGUCCAUAUCACGAUAGAGAAGACUUUUAUGUGAAGUUUGUAUGUGUUGCUGUUGUCUGGGGCGCUGACACUCCUGUGUUGAAGCUUAUGUGUUUGAUGAACACUGUACCUUUUAACGUCUAAUAGCAUUUUUUAUAUGUUGGUUUUAGCGAUAUCACACGGCACAUUCUCGAGCAUUGAUUUCCAAAGAACACUGACCCGACCAAAAGCGAUCACCAAACGAGGCUGGAUGCUUUACUUUGUUAUACUUUCGGUCUUAAUUAACCAGUCAAAAAUGUUGUAAUUAGUUGAGAACUCAUGAAGCUGUGCCUUCAACAUCCAAAACCCUUGAUUGUACUGUAAAUAUGGCUAAGUGCUCCAAAAAUGUAAACUUCAUAUGUACAUAAUUGUGUUUGCUUUAAAUCAUGUAAUUUAAGAUAUGUUAUCCACACGGCUUCUCGCAUCGGCGUGUGACCAGUGGUCAGAACAUGAUUCUGCUCAGGUGCUACAAGUAUCAUGGAAGAUGGCGUACAAGUAUUUUGACGUAUAGGAAAAAAGAAAAAAGAAAAAGAUCAGACCUACGGUAUAUUUCACAAUUUCAAAGCUGAUGCAAAUAUGUAAAUAUUGUUCUAUUUUGAUGAGAAAGUGAAAGAGUAAUUAUUAUGUUCAUGGAAAUUCACAUGAAGAUGAGGGUUUGUAUCCACUACUUUGGCUUUAGGUCUGUUGAAUGACUGUGUCUUGGAGGCAGAGGCUUUAUCAUUUCUUUUUUGGGUUUUUUUGAUGGAAGCAUUCUUUUCACCAGCAGGUUUCUAUCAGGUGGGAUUUGCUGCUAAGUUGUUUGUAUUGUAGAGAAGCAGAGAAGCUACAGCAGGACACGUAAAAACAUUAGUUUGUUGUCAUCCCAAAAUGCAGUACACCGUACCUUACAAAGUUAUGCAUUAAGGUCUUGUUUUGUUGUUGUUGUUGUUGUUGUUGUUUCAGAAGCUGCAGAUGCAGCAGUUGAAGGAGAUUGUGUUGUAUGUUUGUCGAGACUGAGAUUCUGCUGUUUUCUUUACUUUUUUCCCCUCACUGUCAUUCAAUAAAACUGGGAGUGGGGGGGCGAGAAAAAAAAGUGCUCACUCUCCACUGUUGACACAAAGCACAUGUAAUAAAAUUGUCUGUACAGAAUGUGUAACAUUUUAAGACUAUACAUCAGGCUUAUGCAUGAGGGUGGAGUCCUGAGUCUUUCUUUGUCCACUUGCAUAGAAAGAACGUAGUCAGGGGGUAACCGUGUCUAUUGCUAUUAUCCUCGGUUUUAUUAGGAGAAAAGACUCAAAGUGAGAGCAAGGCACAAAGUAAGAGUUGCGAGUACCACCCCGGCCUUCUACACUGCUGUGAAGUCGUCAUUUUAAUGCACUGGUUUGUCAGACUGAUUGCAUCCCCAUCAGCACAAAUGAAAUGAAUAUUAUGUACGAAAAUAAAGACUUUUUUAUGAUAGA